UUAUCGAUAAGGCAUCGUUUUUAGGACGUGUCGUGCCCCCCGCUUAGUAGAGUCCGUAGCGCGAUCAGUUGGCCCCAAGCGCUCGCGCUGAGUGCGUGUCGACGUCUGCGCACGCGUUCGUUCACCCCCAGCUCGAUCGUCAGCUGUCAAAUUUGACGUUUCGUAAUCGGGGAGAAUCCACGAUUACUAAGUAAUCAAAGUACAUUUAAACCUAGUAACCGAAGACACUGCUCUAACAAGAAUUCCGACUUGCGUAAAAAUGUUUUGACGUGCCCGCUUGUGUUGUGUUAGUGAUGAUUUCUGAUUGUAUCGAGUGCUGUGUUUUGUGUAAACUAGUUUCGAAGAUUCGUCGUUGUUAUGCUGUUAUCAUGUAAUGUCGUUCGACGCUGAUAUGUCUAUAAUUAGCGACCUACGAUGGCUGCAGGACGAGGAGUUGUUUGCUCUUUCGUUGCAAAACGAGAUCGAAGCGGCGGAGGCGUGCAAAUGGCUACGAGCCGCCGGUUUCCCUCAGUACGCGCAGAUGUAUGAAGACCUUCAGUUUCCCAUCGACGUGUCGGGGGUACAGAACGACCAUCCGUUCCUGGACGCGGAUUCCUUGCAGUCCCUCUUCAGGCGGCUGACUGCACUCAACCGAUGCGCCAACAUGAAGCUAGAGCACCAUCACCAUCAGAAGAGAUCGAACGAUUCUGACGAUGACCAAUGCGCGCUGAGCGACAAAUGGCAGUACGAGAGGAAGUCACGGCGGUGGUCGCGAGUCGUCGAGAUCACACCGCAGGCGCAGCGGAGAUUACAGGUGAUUGCCGCAAGAGCGAUAGCAGAGAGAGAAGCAAGAGAAGCGAGAGGGGAAGAAGAAGACGAUGAGGACGACACUCUUCCCACUAUCAGAGUGGGACUGGUUGACGCUGAUGGGCACUACACAGAUGUUGAACCUGACUUACUAACAGUACCAGGCCAACCAAUGAUACAGUUACCAAGUGACAAGGAGGAUGAAGAAGAAAAUGGCACUAGAUUUAGAAGAACCGGCUCAGAACGACUCCGGGACGGCGCGAAAGCCUUGCUCAGACGUGUAGAAUCCCUCAAAACUAGAAGAAGAAAACGGCAAAACAGAACCGAAGUCAUUGUCUCCUCUCCCCACUUUUUAGAUACACAAACAGAUCGAUAUCCAGAUUUAAAUUACAUUGACAUGACUCCCACAACUCCUACAGCGUUUCCUUUUCCAGAUUUUGCUAGUUCUCCUUUACAUGCUCCAGCAAUUCGAACUCAACCUCCUUCACCUAUGACCAUCAUGCCACCAUCACCCAUCGCUCCGCUGGAGCAGUCCUUUGUUUUAAAUCAUCCAUUUGGAGACGAUAGCUCUAGUUAUGCCUCAGACGGAAGUAUGGGGUCGAGUAAUAAGAGUUCUAAGUCAAAAUUAGGAAAGGCGAAGCGCAUUUUCCACAGAGGGAUCAAGAAUGAUGACUCCAGUGCACUGAGUGACUCGGAAUGCCAACCGGCCAGCUGGAGGCAUAAUUAUUAUAGAGAUCAUAAUACUCAUCACAAUACUGAGGUGUACGUGGAACCUCCGUCACCAAUAGAACUAAAGCCAGACCCUGCGGUGCUGAAGGAGGUCCAGAAGUCCCCUGGACACACAACGCAUAGACGACAGGCUAUUCGCACCAGCUCACUAAACCUGGGGAAAGACGUACAGAAAUUUAGAGACAGAAGCUUGAAGCGAGACAAGUCAGCAUCGAGGAGUUCUGAACUCGAGGGCAGUCCCAAUUCUGCGGGGUCACGGUCCCAUGACGGCGACCAGGAUGACGAUGAUGACAGCGUUGACAUGAAGUCGAAAAAAAAUAACAUUCAGAGGUGGUAUUCAUUCCGGACGACUACGCUAAACGGUGGUCCAAAAGCCCACAAUACCCUGCAGCCAGUAACCAAUCAAAAGGACCCAGAAGCCUAUUUGUCUCGACCUAUGUCAUCUCUAUCCUGCGGGCAGCUGCACAUCUUGCGAAAACUGGCGCUGCUUCGACUCACCGCCUGUAUGGAGCGGUACUGCCCUUCACACAAGUCCGGUUGGAACUGGGAACUACCAAAGCUAAUUAGAAAAAUCAAAACUCCUGAUUAUAAAGAUAAAACCGUAUUCGGCGUGCCCCUUACUGUGUCGCUGCAGAGGACAGGCCAUUCUUUGCCGAAGCCCAUACAGUGCGCUCUCAAUUGGUUGAAAAACAACGCCCUCGACCAGAUGGGUAUCUUCCGGAAAGCCGGGGUCAAGUCUAGAAUAGCGAAGUUACGCACAUUAGUAGAAAGCGCAGGGGCCGUGAACGCCGCCUUCGCUAUUGAAAACAUGAACACAGUGGACCCUCACCAGUCGAGCCUAAACUUCGACGGCGCCCAAGCCCACGACGUGGCCGAUAUGGUGAAACAGUACUUCAGAGAGUUGCCUGAUGCGCUGCUGACGAAUAAGCUUAGUGAAACGUUCAUUGCGAUAUUUCAACACGUGCCGGAACCUCUCAGGCCUGACGCUGUACAGUGCGCAUUACUCUUGCUGCCUGAAGAACACUUGGAGGCAUUGCAGUCACUCCUCAUAUUCCUUGCCGAGGUUGCAGAACAUUCGGCGGUGAACCAGAUGACAGCGUCUAACUUGGCCGUAUGUUUGGCCCCCACGCUGCUAAGGCUUCAUCACGCACCGCCUCAGACUGGUAGCACGAAGGAAGGAAAUUCAAAUCGAAUGGUGAUAGAAAGUGUGGCCGAUCAGCGUCAAAUCAGCGAAAGUCGCGCAGCUCACGCAUGUCUCCUGCUACUCAUCCAGAAGCACCAGCAGCUGUUUUUGGCGCCAGCGGACAUGCUGGCGCGGUGCAAGUUCAACUAUUUCGAGGAGAGUGUGCCUGUUGCGCUAGAAGAAUUAGGAGCAGAUUUCAACCAAGACUGGAAAGGUUUUCAACAAGCCUGCAUCAAAGCUUUACUAAAAGAAGCCAAAGAAAAAACGAGAGGAUGGAUGUCGGUGUCCGGGGCAGCGCCUCACGUGGAGUUGUGCUGCAAAAAGGUCGGCGAUGGCCACCCUCUGCGGCUGUGGAGGGCUACCACGGACGUGGAGGCUCCGCCGCAGGAGGUUAUGCAGAGAAUUCUCCGCGAACGUCACAUCUGGGAUGACUCGUUAGUGAAGUGGCGGGUCGCCGAGAAGCUCGGCACUAACGCAGAGGUGUUCCAGUUCAUAACUGCCUCGAGUAUCAACCUGCCUCCAAGAGAUUACUGUGUUUUGAGAUCCUGGCAGCAAGGCGGCGGUGGCGGAGGUUGGUGCGCGGUGGCCGAGACCUCGGUCGCGCACGGCAACCAGCCCACCGACGGCUCUCGCGGCGUGGUGCUCGCGUCGCGCUACCUCGCACAGCCGGCCGGCAAGGGCCGCAGCCGACUGGUACAUCUGGCCAGGGUUGACACUAUGGGGCGGACUCCAGAAUGGUACAACAAAUGCUAUGGUCACAUAUGUGCGCUAUAUUUGGCACGAAUUCGGGCCUCGUUCAAGCACAACACCGAAGGACCAGAGUCGAAUGUAUGAUCCAAGCAUUCCACUUAAGCCGGCAAUGUAGCGCCAGCUUAAGUUUGACGUGAAGGGACGUCAGUGUGUACAUAGCCUUAUUUUAAAGGCAUAAUUUUAAACUUCGGGGAAUUCCUAGAAACAAUGCAUACCCGUGCAUCAUGAGAUGUCUCAAUGUAGUUAAUACAUCAUAGUUCUUAAGCACAAGGGAAUUACUUAAUAAGAAUAUUGAGGAUGAAAAAUUGUUAUUACUCAUUACUGAAGGGACUUUUCUUGUAAUUGUUGUAAGAAAAUGACUUGGCAGUAUAAAUGCGAUGUUACUUUAGAGAAACCCAGGUGUUCUAUGAACCUACAAAUUAAUUAAUAAGAUUGAAUAACCAUUGUUACGCUCGAAAACGUAAAACCGAGCGUUUUCAUGUGAUGAUUAUUGAAGUAAAAUAAUUAGCACAUUAACUAUAGAAAGAUAUUUUAAUAUCAGUUGACUAAACUACCCCCCGCGUUCGAUUUCAGCUGCCUCUAAAUGCAGCUGAGCUGCAUUAAACUGAUUAUUUAAAUAUUUUAAAUAUGUAGUAGUGCACAUCAUAAUGCAAAAUUCCCCAGCCGUAACACCAUUUAAAAUGUAGCAUGUUCAUGCUUUCCUAAAUUAUAUUUAUAUAAUAAUGUAGGUUUCCGUUUCCUGUUCCAUGACACCUAUACCUGCAAUGAAUAUUAUUCCUUUUACCCAACAUACCUAAACAAAUAUAUAGCAUGUUACAUUAUCAAGUUGGCAUUAACAGAAACAUAUGCGUCUACAAUGUAUGUUGUUAAAAUAUACCUAAAGACCUUUAACUUAUUUGACCGUGGGAGACGGUGUUUCAUGUAUUUGACAUUGUUAUUGGAAGUUAUUUAACUAAGCCAAAACGUACGUGUAUGUUAUAUACUUACUUGAUGUGGUGUACAAAUUAUUCAAAAGUUUUAACAUGAAUAUCUGGAGAUAUUCUAUCUAUAAUCAUAAGAUUAAAAUGUGUAAAUAUUAAGUAAGUAUAUAGAAAAGAAACCUGGGCGUCUUCUCAUUCUGAGACUGUUUCAUAAAUCUGAAGUUUUUCUUAAGAAAUACGAAGACGACUCAAGCCCGUAGCUCCUAACAUUGUUUUCUAUGCUAUGAUCGUUGAUAUUCAUGUGUGUUUUUUGUAAAUUUGUGCGAGUGACCAAAAUUAUAUUAGUCUUCUAAAUGUGUCUGGGUAUAAUGCAUAAUAAACAUCCCAACUAACAUUAGGCGCUAAAUUUAAGGGUUAGAAGAGAUUUAUAUAAACGCCUAUUUACUCUUUAGGUGUUGUUAGUACUCUAAAAAUAGGAGUUAUAGCCGGCUAUAACCCCGUUUUAACCCCGGAUUGGGCACAAAUUUUAUCACCAUAAGAUUUAUAACAGUGCUACAGUAGGGUUAGCGGAUAAAAAAAGAGAUAUAAGAGCGGUAUAGUGGAGCUACAAUAGUGUUAAUUAAUUCUUUAGGAGCUAUAUGGGUUGCAUAUAGGUGACUACAAACUGUUGUAGUAGAAGAGCGCUAAAUUAGUGCUGUAAUAGCGUUGAUUAACAACUUAGGAUUUAAAAGGGUGCCAAAUAAGCGACUACUAACUGUUUGAGUAGUAGUGUAGAGCUAUAUAGAAGAUACUUUCAGCUUUAGAUGAUAUUAGCAUUUAAAGUCAAUAUAUGUAACACUCAAGAAGGUAAUUGCACAUUUUUUCCUUAUUCCUGCCUGCUUUGGUUGCAGAUGUUUCCAUUUUGUAUUAUUAUUUGUAAGCUUGCACUGUGACAGCUUGAAGUGAAAUGUAAUGGCGGAUAAAUAAAAGCAAAUAAUUAUUUUAGUUCACUGAUGCCGGUGUUAUCUGCGGAUUUAUGAUGGCGAAAUUAAUUACACUGUCAAUAACUAUAUGUAUUACUAACAAAAUUUUAAAGGGCCUCUGAUCCUUUGCAUAUUUAUCUGAAUAUAAUAUUUUUUAAAUUGUGGUCCACCGUAUUUAAUUUUCGCAAAAUUACACAAUAUACGUGAAAUCCGAUUUUAAAUACAACAAUACUAACAUUAUGUCUAUAUUGAGUAAAAGUAUCGAUUUUUAUUAAGUAUUUACGUUCUAAUUAAUAGUUUUUGUUUUGCUUAUUGAUUCAUCGGUCAUAUAUUAUUAACAUGGCGCUACAGGCUUAGGUUGUAAGUAAGACUCUAAUAACACUAUAAGAUCUACUAAGGUAUUGAAUAACGCCCGUCUGCGACUACAUGAUCUAUAAAAGUGACUCAUAACUUCUCUUUUCGACUGUAAGUGAGACAAUAGAGUUAAGAAGCGUUUGCGGGUAACGGAGCUAUAAAAGAGUUUUUAUCGCCUGUUUAGAACCUUAAGUGAAAAUUGCAGCUGCUUAUUACUCAUAUAGAUGUUAAGGUGGUAGAAUUCACUUUGAGCUAUAACACUAGCUGCUUAAGACCCAUUAUAGCCACCAAAACGGCUACUGUGGAUCUUAAAGCUAUACAUGGACCUCUUAAAGACCUUGAUGUCACCAGAGCCUGUAAGCUUAGAGUAUAUAGCUAUUCUACAGCCGUUAUAUGUCUUUAGGUGAUAGAAUAAGUGCUAAGUGUCGCCUAAUUGUUUGUUGGGAUAGAUGUAAGAUGAAUGUUCAAUACCUAUAUACCUCCAUAUUCAAUAUUGUUUUGCCCUAGUUAAAUUCCCUAGUAAAGGGACCUACCAAAAAGCCUGAAAUAUAUUUAAUAAAAUUAGUUUAUCUGUAAUUAGUUAGUUAUAUUUUAAAUUACCAUCGUGAUGUUAGUUUCCCCAUGGUGCAUACAAUAUUAAUUAAAUAUUUUAAAGUAUUGAAAUCGACAAUCUCAAAUACUUGCGGAUCACUUUACCAAUACCUUCGUGUUAAAAUGUUGUUGUUACAUAUCACUAGUCAUAUAUAUAUAAAUAAAUAACAAUAAAUAUAUGAAUUUUAAACACAUAAUAACUGUACCUGUCCUGUGUUCAGGAAUAGUAUUAAAUUGUAUUUAUGAUAUAUUCAUUAAUAACUAAUAUAAUAUAUAAACAAAUAUUGAAUCCUUUAUUAUAUUUAUGGGUAAACUAUAAAAUGAAUAAUCGUCAAUGUGAAUAUUUAAAAAAGAAUAAAUGUCGGUUGACCUUUUUAUAUGUAAAAAGUCUGAAUAUAAUUGUAUAUAAUUCGUUAGUAUAUUUAGGUACAUUUCAUCACAAUUAUCUUAAUGAGAGUAUUUUAGAAAAACAAAUUUUCAGCACAAGUUUUAUUAAACCGAAUCCUUAGGCGAAAAAAAAGGAUAUUGUUUAAUACAUGUCAUAUUAAACUAUCAAAUGUUUAGAGGUAGUAUAAUAGUAAAAAGUUGUAUUAUGUGUUUCAUAAAAUGUGUUUUAAAAUUUAAUGACUAAUUUCAUUUGCAUUUCAUAAUGCAAAAAAAAAACAGCUAUUUCCGCUAUACCUAAGAUUACCGUAAAGUGGCCAGUAUUGUACAUUUUGAUUAGAUUUUUAAUUGUAUUACCUAAUAUCAAUUGACGUACCUACCUAAUAAAUACAAUUUUGAACUAAUAUUAUGAAACACACCAUAUUUUUCUUUACUUUCCUUCGGAAAAUAAAUUCAAACCAAAAAGUCACAUUAUGAAGAUACUUAUAGAAUAAAUAAUAUAAACAUAUAGAUUAGAAUAUUUGUAAAUAUAUAUUUACAUAGAAUAAUGGAUCUUUAAUUACCUAGGUAACGUUGUAAUCUCAAUUUUAAAGGGGGUCUAGUCACAUUCUUACUACAUGUAUUUCAGUAUACGCGGAGACUUUGAAGUUGUGUUAGUAGGACUGUGGGAAUUGCCCUUCACAUUACUAUAAAUUAGUUACCUGCCAAAAACACAGUAAGUUUGUCGAUACAUGUUGGCAGACAUUGCAAAAUAUUGUCACAAAAUGAUUAUUGUAUAUUUCAAACUCUGGAAAGUAUUUGACAAUAUCGGAAAAAUCACCACUAGUUUUCAGAUAUUAAAAUAAAACUAUUAAAACUAUAAUUAUACAAUGUAAAUUAUUAUAACUUAUGAUCAAAAUAACGUACCAAGCUCUAAACUACAUUAUAUGUGAUCGCCUAUGUACUUAUUUGUACAGUCAGAAUGAAAUAUCAGCAAAUAAAGAACUUGAACUUGAAAUAGAUGUGAUAGCCAAAGAGGCCAAAUAUGUUGCAAACCAUACUUAUUCCUAUGGUAACAAAGUUGUAUUGUAAUAUGUUUGACAACUUUAGCUAUACUAUGUAUCUUAAGGUACUUAAAUAACAGUAAACAUAUAAUUUGUACAUUUUCGGGUAGUUAUAACAUUUAUUGAUUAACCAACCAAAUACAAAACCACCUGGAUCUGUCACUGAACGACCUGACUUUAACCUACAUUAUUUGAUCAUAUAAUGUUUUCAUCUACCCUUAACCGGUUUAAAAAGCCAUUUGAGGGUAGAUUUUGUUUACUCUUUUAAAUACCAAAAGAUACAGACUAUAAGUUCAUCCAUGCUAUGCUGCAUUGCAUUGUUUAUUUUGAACAAAUAAAUAGAUUUUUUGCAAUCAAUAAAAUAGUUCAUUCCUACUCACUAAAAAUACCAAUUUUAAAAGUCGGACUACUUUUUUAUGUAUCAUGUUUAGUAAUAAAUACAUUCAGAUUCACCAUCAAUAUUAUGCCGUAGGCGAGUUGCAUUUAUACAUUCACAUGCAACAUAUAAAUAGCAAAUAAGUUAUUGAAAUAUUCACCGUUAAUACUCCAAAAUGUCUGUUAUAUUAAUGUGUAAAAUAAUUAUACCUUAUUGCAUUGUGAUUUUAUUCUAUAUGAAAUAUAUGGACCAUUACUGUGAAA